UGAGGGGGGGGUGGGGUACGGUGCGUCGGCGCCAUGCGACUCGACCAGAACGACACACUGAAAACGAGAGUCAGGCAAUUGGUUGUCGUGCUCAAACAGUAUUUUAUCUAUUACCAAACCCAAAAGGACGGCAAUUCACCACGUGAUUAAAUCAUUUAGCUGGGAUGCCGCCGCUCUCCAAUUUCGUUUUGUAUUGUUUUAGGAGUCUUCCAAAACUUACACGGUAGCAGCGCGUCAAAGGAGCUAGGUUUAAAGGGGUGCUCGCUCUGCCUUAAGCAUGGAGACGGAGAGCGCGAAGGAAAGCGCCGUCGUGACCGAUUUGGACAGGGACCAGCAGUAUUGUGAGCUUUGUGGAAAGAUGGAAAACCUGCUUAAAUGUGGACGAUGUCGGAACUCGUUCUACUGUAGUAAAGAACACCAGAAAUCGGACUGGAAGAAGCACAAGCAGUUUUGCAAAGAGGCCGAAAAACCUCAGUGUCAGCCGCAGCCCGAAUCAACACAACAGCCCGCACGGACUGCGAAAGGAGGGCAAGGCAAGCGGUUCAAAAAGAAAAGCACCGAGCAACAGAAUGACACAGCUUCUCAGAGCACCACUAACACUGGACGUUCAAAUCCGCCUGCAGAUGGCGAAAGAAUGAAAGAUUUGAUCACUUCGGCAACUCGCUCGGGUAGUGUGUCUGACAGCAAGCAGACUGGGGAAGGAAUUAAGCUCAGCUAUAAGACCAACGGACAAACGAUGUCCCCCCCGGAAAAACUGGCUAUGAACUAUAUCGUUCCAUGUAUGAAUAAGCACGGCAUCUGUGUUGUUGACAAUUUCCUUGGAGAAGAGACUGGACGGAGUAUUUUGGAAGAUGUGAGAGCCCUCCACAAGACUGGUAAAUUUACUGACGGACAGUUGGUUAGUCAAAGAAGCGACUCCACUAAAGAUAUACGAGGAGACAAAAUAACUUGGACUGAAGGAAGAGAGCCUGGUUGCGAGAAGAUAGCCUUUCUCAUGAGUCGCAUGGACGACCUGGUCCGACACUGUAAUGGUAAACUGGGAAACUACAAAAUAAAUGGAAGGACGAAAGCUAUGGUGGCCUGUUACCCAGGAAACGGGACUGGGUACGUACGCCACGUGGAUAACCCUAACGGCGAUGGGAGAUGUGUAACAUGUAUUUACUAUCUCAAUAAAGACUGGGAGGCUAAGGAACACGGAGGAAUCCUGAGGAUUUUCCCAGAGGCCAAGGCACAGUUCGCCGACAUCGAACCUAAGUUCGACCGCCUGCUCUUCUUCUGGUCGGACCGGCGAAACCCCCAUGAGGUGCAGCCGGCAUACCACACCAGGUAUGCCAUAACAGUGUGGUAUUUUGAUGCCGAUGAACGAGCUCGGGCCAAGGAGAAAUACCUAACAAGUGCAGGAGAAAAGGGAGUAAAGGUAGAAUUGAACAAGCCGUCGAAUCUGAGCUAAUAUGAGGCGCCACUGCCAUCACCUGCUGCUGCUGUGGACAGAUUCGGAGAGAGGGAGGGAUGGAUGGAUGGAUGGACGGAAGGAAGGAAGGUGGGAUGAAGAGGAGAGAGAAGAAUGAAACCAACUCGGACUAGUCCGCUUUCUUUACACUUAAUAUCCAAAGUUGACACACACACAGACAGACCCUGAAUGUGAUGUUAUUGCACUGCAAGGACUCAUCAUUAUUUCCCAAGUUUUUGUUUUUGCUUGUUGCUUAGAUUUUUUGCCUUUAUUAUGUGUAGAAUGCCAGUGUAAAAAUUAGCUUUGGAGAAAAAAAAUAUGUAUGGAGUGAGCCGAAUGCAAAGAAGUUAUAUUCUUGUGAAUUUUGGGGUGAUGUAAGAAGGGUACCCAUAUGUGCUUAUCUGUCAGACGGGUUGUCAUGGUCUCCAUCAGCUGGAUCUCUCACUGUUAAAAUAGAAAAAAAGGUACAGAAGACUGUGUAUGAUGUCCCUCGACAGGAGGUUGUCACACACUGUCCGGCUAUUGCCUGAUGCACACUAUAAGGCCGACUCAAACCGUACUGUGCUGAUUUGGAUACUUUCUUUUCACAUGAUCCUUUGCAGCACGGUUCUAGUAAAUGAGGAUGAUGCGUAACCAAACCAGAACAGUACAGUAUGGUUUGGCUUAGUACAGUGAAAAGGCUAUUAAUAGCUUAAGCUGCACUGACUCGAAUACGAUAGAAGUGUUCACGUUUGUGCAAACGAGCUGUGGUGAUUUUCACAUUGCAGGCGUAUGUUGAUUGCGGUGCCGUUCUGUGUCCUGGCAUCCAUUGCUUGGUAACUGGGUCCUGUUCAUUAGGCACCAAACUGAAGAAAAUGGACUGAAACUGACAUGCUCGUUCUCCGUUGCAAAGCAUUUUAAAACGUUUCUUUGCUUGCCCUUAUGAACACUGCCCUGUGUACGUUACAGGAGCAUCCUAACCUGCGAUCAGAGAUCUGUCUGUUGUUGCAGACGUAAUAUCACCGUUGUCUUAAAAACCAAAAACUGACACCUACCUAUUAGCCUUGCAGCGACCUUGCAGCUCUGAAGUUUAGUUUUGAAUAAAAAGGCUGAUUUUGUAAGUGCAGUUUGA